UCAGCGGCGCCCUAGAGUCUCUCGGGGUUGUACUAACGCCCGAGCACAGCCCGAGCCGUGCCAGUCCGCACGCGAACGCCUCUCUAGGCGGACUCGUAACACUCACCGGCCAUUCAAACACGCGAUCCCCUUAUAUUAUUUAUAAUGUACAAAACGCCCGUUCCUAAACGCCCCGGUUGAACAGGCAAAAUGAAACGCGACGCGUACGGUGACGAUGGUCCCAUGCAGAAAAGACAGCGACACAGCGACGAUGAGGUCACCUUCCUCAUACCGAGCAAGGUCGCUGGGUCGAUUAUUGGGAAAGGAGGCGCUAACAUAUCCAAGCUGAGGAAUGAGUACAAAGCCUCUAUAACAGUCCCAGAUUGCCCUGGCCCCGAACGAGUACUCUCCAUAACGGCCUCGGAUAUCGACACUAUUAUGGAAAUCGUAAAAGAGAUCCUGCCCAAUCUGGCUGACGCAUCAGGGCCAGGUUCAGGGACGAAACACGGCGGCAGUAGUGACGACUUGGACGUCCGUCUGUUGAUACAUCAGAGCCGGGCCGGUUGUGUCAUUGGGAAGGCUGGUGCGAAGAUCAAGGAGCUCAGAGAGAAAACGGGCUCCAGACUGAAGAUCUUCUCAAACACGGCGCCCCAGAGCACGGAGCGUGUUGUGCAGCUCGUGGGCACGGCCACCUCCGUGGCUGACGGCAUCAGGGAGGUGCUCCAUCUAGUAAGACAGGUGCCGAUCAAGGGAGCCGUGCAGAAUUACGAUCCACAUAAUUAUGAUGAUUUCUAUGCGGAUGAAUACGGAGGAUUUGGCAGCGGGCAGGGGCCUCGUGGAGGAGGGCCCCGGGGAGGACCACCGCGGGGGCCUCCGCGAGGGCCCCCAGGUCCUAUGGGUCCAGGAGGCCGUCCACCACCGCCCAGAGGAGGCCCUCCGAUGGGUCGCAACGGGCCCCCGAGACCAUUCAACGACUUCUCGGGCCCGGGCCCCCGCGGCAACUUCAACGGACCCCCUCGUGGGAACUUUGGCGGCGGCGGCGGAGGCGGAGUUGGCAGUGGCAACUUCGGUGGUAACUUCGGCGGCAGCAACCGCUCCUCAUCAGGAGGAAACUUCAACAGCAACGGCGGAAACCAACAGGAGACUACCACACAAGUUACCAUCCCCAAAGACCUCGCGGGCGCCAUCAUCGGCAAAGCGGGUUCCCGCAUCCGGAAGAUCCGUGCGGAGAGCGGCGCCGGCAUAGAGAUCGCUGAGCCGCUCCCCGGGGCAGCGGACAGGAUCAUCACCAUCACCGGCACACCUCCCCGCAUACAGAAGGCGCAGUACCUGCUACAACAGAGUGUGCACGAGAGCAAUCCGAACCUCGGCCGGGGAAACUUUUGAUUACUGAUAACACAAAGUAAUUUAAGUUAUUUAAGUCGCAGACUCAACGGUAAUAUAUAAGUACCUCUGGAGGCUCACGAGCGGACCGCCGCCGGUGUAGUGGAUGCAUGAUGUUUAUACAAACUUACCGUCAAUUUACGGGUUCGAUCACAACCCGGUGAAAGUUUAUUACGAUGUAAGAGAAAUGCAUUUAUCAUAAUUAUACAAAGAUAUUUAACUAGGAUUGUGUUUAAUGGCAAUGUUUUAAUUUACUGAUGAUUUGUUACAUCGAUCUAUUUUUAAGCAAAUGUAGUAUAAAAUAAAGGUUUAUUUUGUGAAUAUA